AUGGGGUCUGUUAGCAAUCAAGCGCUUACUGAAAAGUAUAGGCCUAUGUACUUGCGCAGUCUAGUGGGGAACGUGCAUGUGACGCACGCUCUGCAGGCAAUAGUCGACUCGGGAGACAUCCCGCACUUUCUGCUCUUUGGCCCGCCCGGCACGGGAAAGACAACUGCAGCAAAAGCAAUAUGCAGAGAGGCGCUAAAAAGGGUGGACGGAAACGUGAUGGAGCUGAACGCGUCGGACGAAAGAGGGAUUUCCAUUGUCAGAGACAAAAUCAAAGUCUUUGCCUCUACGUUUGGAAUGGGGUCCAAAAUGAAAGUGGUCAUACUAGACGAGGCCGACUCCAUGACAAAAGACGCGCAGAAUGCGCUGAGGAGAGUGAUCGAGAUGUACUCUAAGAACGUGCGCUUUAUCAUUAUAUGCAACUACUCCACAAAAAUCAUUCCUGCAAUAAAGUCUCGGUGCGCGCCGUUUAGGUUUGGGCCUGUCAAGCCGGAGGAGAUGCAAGGCUUUAUUUCAGAGAUCAUUGAAAAGGAGGGCGGGCGCAGCAGCGAGCCCGGCGUGCAGAGAAUCUGCGAGCUGGCGCAAGGCGACCUGCGAAGAGCCGUUAAUAUGAUCAACGGGCUGAUGCUCAGCGAGGUCAAAGACGUGUCUUUGGAAAAAGUAAACGAGUUUUACAAAGAAGCCAGGCACACCGAAGUAAAGAAGGUGCUGGCGGCGAUGGGGACAGAAAGGUAUGAGAGUGCAAAGGAAAAGCUCGAAGCGCUUAGAGUAGAGUAUGGCCUGGGGCUAAAAGAGGUGAUUAACGAGAUGGCCAAAAUAGUAAAAGAGGAAGAGCACGAGGAUGCUUGGAAAAAAAUGUCCUACCUUUCAGAAGCCGAGCAUAGGCUUGCGCGCGGCGCCUGCGAGGCGGUGCAGGAGAGCGCGCUGGUUGCGUACUUUACUGUUGGCAUGUGUGAAUAA